UGGAAAUACUCUUCAUCAUCAUCAUCUCCAUCUUUCUCUCUUCAUUUUUUCCUUCUAGUAUUUCUUUGAUCAUCAUGACACUUGCUGGAAAAAUCACCAUUGAAAUUGGGGUUCAUGCAACUGCUGAAACGUGGUUCAACCUUUUCUCAACACAACUUCAUCAUGUUCAAAACCUUAGUGAUAGAAUCCAUGGAACCAAGCUGCACCAUGGUGAAGACUGGCACCACCCUGAGUCCAUCAAACACUGGACUUUUGUCAUAGAUGGUAAGGUUACAACAUGUCAUGAGAGUAUUGAAUCUGUUGAUGAAGCAAACAAAACAAUCACCUUCAAGCUCUUCAAUGGAGACAUCGAUCACCAGUUCAAGCUUUUCAGGUUCAUAUUUCAAGCAAUCGAUAAGAACAGUGGUGGUGCUAUUCUCAAAUGGACCAUUGAAUAUGAGAUGGUUAGUGAGGAAAUUGAUCCUCCUUAUGGCUAUGUCGAGUACCUGGACAAAUGCACUAGAGACGGUGAUGCUCAUCUUCUCAAAGCAUAGCUUAAAAAAGUUAUGCACAAAAUAAAUAAAUAAAUAAAUAAUAAAAAAUAAUGGCCUUAGCCUUAGGUUAAGUGUUUAUUUGUAAAAUACGGACAAUGAUAUUUUGACUACUAAAUUUUAACAACUUUCUCUUACAAUAUGAGGUGUUAUUUUUUAAGUGGUUUUGAAAUAUAGAAAAAUGAAUAAAUGAAAAAUAAAUAACCAUUUAAGAGAUGAUACCUCAUGUCAUAAGAGAAAGUUGUCAAAAAAUCAUUCUCCGUAAAAUAAUAUAUAUCCGUGUGGAGUUUGACAAAGGAUGGUUAUGUUAUAUGUAGAUCAUUCCUUUGUGUGGAAUAAACUUGGAUAUGCAUGUGGUUAUGUCUUGAAGCUUGUUGAAUUAUUGUAUGUGUUCAAGUGUUCAAUGAUGCAUAUGAAUAUCGUCUUGUCUAUGUUGAUUGAAUUAA